UCCAGUGUACAAAAGUUACUUUAAUUCCACAUUUUUCUUUUGUCAACAGCUCCACAGAACAGAAAUGGCCAAGUCAAAGAAUCACACUACCCACAACCAGUCCCGUAAGGCCCACAGGAAUGGGAUCAAGAAGCCCAGACCAGACCGAUACGAGUCCAUGAAAGGGGUAGGUAAUUGUAAGGUGUCCAAUCAAAAAUGCAUAUUUUGGUUCAUGAAGAACAUGCGAUUCGCCAAGAAGCACAACAAGAAGGGACAGAAGACGGCCAACGCAGCAGCCAAGAGGAUUGCAGUGGCAGCCGCUCCUUAGACGGGGUGGCAGAUCACCGCAUGUCCACGUUCCAUUGACUUUGUUACCAUCACAAUAAAGCUUUGUUAGUUUUAUCGGGUACUUUUCGUAGACUUUUUCAAAGCUGAAAGUUCUGAAAGUAGUGCUCACGGGCUAAAAGUUGUACCCGAAAAUGACCUGCUUUAUCACGCGCUGAUAGGAGCACCAAGUCAUUGCUCUCCAUCUCUGCUGUGUCCACUGAGCCGUUGGGCUCAUCCUGCAAUCUCAUUAGAUAAAAGGGGGGAGGGGG